UUCAAAAUGCCUGGUCGGUUAACUGGUUUAUGGCUAUGUAUUAAGGUUUUUAGAGGGCGAGGUUGUCUUUUGGAAAUAACUUUCGUUCUGAUCAGUGUUCCAGCAUGUUUUCCCCUCCAUUUCGGUUAGCGUACCUUUCAACUUAUUUUAUCCUCUCAGCUGUUAGUGGGUCCCUUGUGCUCACACCUCCAAGACUGGUGUUAGAAUAUGGAGCUCCAGCCUCAGCAAACUGUUCCACUGACAUCAUCCCCAAGAUGAUGGCCUGGGAGGCCUCACAGGGAUCAGUGGACCCUAUGAGUGGAGUCCAGCAGCUCACCUGGACAGUGAAGAGCAUUACAGAAUGGGAUAUAAAACCACUAUGUUUCAUCAUUGUGGGUGAUUCAGGAUUUCAGCAAAAGACAUUUCUUCCAGUUACCAUCUACAAGAUUCCAGAUAAAGUGUCCAUCAGUUUACUGAAUGACACAAGACUGAUAAUUGAGGGGGAAAUCUACUGGCUCCAGUGUGACAUCCAGAAUGUUGCUCCUGUUCAGAAUGUUAUUGUGAACUGGUAUAAAGAACAGACUCUACUGAAAAGAGACAAUGUAACCAGUGAAGAAAACACCAAGGAGCCACAGAAUAAGACUUCCAAACUCCAGAUCAGACCAAACAGAACUGAUGAUGGAGCACACUACAGGUGUGAAGCAGAGUUGGAACUUGGAGCAGAAGGACUGCAGCCUCCUCCCAGACCAGCAGAACCUCUCAUCAUUUCUGUGGCUUAUAUGCCACAGUUCCAAAAUCAUACAGAGAUCCUAUUGGAUAGUGGUGAAAUGAUCACCUUAAACUGCACAGUGAAAGCAAACCCUCCUGCAGUGUACAAUUGGAUCCCAGCACAUCUGAAACCUAGACCAGUCAUCACAUCUUCCUCUUUAGGUUUGGGAAACUACACUUGCACUGCCUCAAACCAAUAUGGAAAUGAUACUAAAGUGUUCACAAUCAGGAAAAAAGGUAGCCGUGUUGUUUUCUGGAGUAUCCUGGGAUCCUGCUUAGUCUUGCUUUUGGGACUGAUUGCAGGUUAUGUAGGCUAUGUAUGGCUCAAGAUUUCUUCAAACUCAGUCAUCUGAAGACAUAGUGGUCUGCUUUUAGUGCUUUGUUUUCUGUUUUUAUGUACCUGCAUAAUGACUGUCACUAAUUUAGAGUAUUCCAGUGAUAAAUACUAAAGCCUUGAUAGGAAGGUUGCACUGUAUACAUCUGUAAGAAUUUAAUUUUAACCCAACAUAUAUCUCAAUAUAUAUUUUAGUCUCUAUUUAUCCAUUGGUGAAUGGCCCCAAACUCAUUUUGGUUUUUUAUUUGUAUGUGACAAAUUUGUAUGUAUUUGUAUGUGAACUUGAUUUCAACUAUCUCUCAGCUCCACGGUGUGUUUAGGAACAACACAUUAUAGUGUGUCAUUUUAGAAAGAAGUUUUCUUUUCAUGACAAAAGCAUAAUUCUGCAGUUUUGCAGGUUUCAUAUAGCCUGGUCUGAUGUGUGACUUGGCAAAAGAGAGAUCACACAGAUAGUCAGUAUUUCUGAUGCAGCUGCAACACAGUGUGAUUUGCAACAAAGGUACAAGAAUGCUGGAACAAUGCAGUGUAAAGCUGGAAUAAUUCUGUGUAAAGCUGGCACUGUUGCACUAAACACUGGGUUGUGGCAAUGGCACUAGCAGCCAAAGCUGCAUAAAUGUAAAUGAAGCCUACCUGUUUCAAGAAUGUGGAACCAGGGUGUACUACUAAUAUGAACCCCAAUUUAUGUAAUAUUUGUAAUGAUGUGCUUUAAACUUUUAAUUGUAAGUACCACGAUUGCGUACUCAUAGUUGUCAAUAUCCAUAAGGAAUUGGUAUAAAUUCUAUGAAGUUUACAUUUUAUUGAUUGACAAAGAGCCAUAUUUGAUGAAAUAUAUAUAAUUAGUUCAAAUUGGUACUGUUUUUUUUUUCUUGUCAAAGAUGUGCCUUACUGCAAUAGUUACAUGACUGCUACAAUGGUUCCUCUAUAUGUUCUUGGUACCUGUGGAAUUGUUCAACCAAACAUUUAGGCUAUAUAAUUUUCUCAUUAUAUACCUUUUUUCCAAAGAUGAGCUAUCUUAUGAACUUUAAUACUUACUUUAAUAUCCAGGUAUUUACUCUGACGUACAGCUAUGAAUUGCAAAGGAGUGUUGGUGCUAUUGCCUUAAUUUGUAAUCUCCAGUUUGCCUGAAUCAUCUGUAUCCAUUGAGACAGCUAGCAAUGCAAUGUAAGUAUGAAAUGGAACUUUGCAUAAUAAAGGAGGAGAGUUGUGUACAUGUA